AUGCAGCUCCUCAAUUUCCUCCUCGCCUUCACUCUCUUCACCUUCACCUACGCUAUCCCCCAGUCACCAGUCGGUUCCAGCGGUAGCGGAGACGCUGGUGGCAGUGGCAACGACGGUCCCGGUGACGCCGUGGGCUCCGCAGCUGCCUCGUCUAGAGCAACGCAGCCAACGGGAUCAAGCACUAGCUCCAAGACCAGCACCGCCACCUCAAGUUCCGCCAGUACUGCUGCGACCAAAAAAGCUGCUGCCGCCAUGCUCUCGCCGGAUUGGGCCGUUGCUGGCGGACUGGCUGCCAUUGUUGGAGGAGCUGCGAUGCUAUAA